GCUGCGCCCACAGGCCAAUGGAUCGGCUCGAGGCUCCUCCACUCACACGUUCCCACUCAGACCACGCUCUUUCGUUCUGAUCACGGAUUCACGGCGCUGCACUGACAUGGCAAACUUGAACCGAUGAUUUUCUGGCCGUUAUCGGGCUCCGGAUGGUGCCAAAGCCGUUUUCACGCCACUCCUCUACGCGACAUAUUAUUCCCGCUGAGAAUUCGUAUACUGUUCCUUUUCCUUCUCCUUGUCGACUGUCAAAUCGAACCCGAUUGCACCUCCCAAUCCCCAAUCGACUGUCCUUCGUUGGCGUCCCUCAGCCUGCAGCAUCUCCCGCCGGCCUGCGUCCCAGCCUGUCGGAACUGUCAAAAAAGAAAAUCCCACGCGGUAGAUUUCCGUUCGAGCAUCAGUCGUUCCAAACACAGUAGUCCACCAUGGACAUCGUGCUCGAAAUCGCCGACACCCUGGUCUUGGACCGUGUCUAUGCGACCCUACUACCCGCUGCUCCUUCGUCAUAUCUUUCCAACCAGUUUCGCAACGGGAGCACGUCAACAUUCUCGAGUAUCCGAGAGGGAGCCACUGCGACGCCGCAAUACAAAUACAUCUUUGAGCCUGCAUCGAAGUACAUCAGCCUCGAGCCGACCGUCUGGGCCUAUGGCAGUGCAUGGCCUCGCGAUCACAUUCUUCGACAGUUCAUCAGCCUGUUUUUUAUUGUGUGGAUUUUCGGGGUUCUCUUAUACUUCGUUUUCGCGACACUCUCUUACAUUUUUAUCUUUGACAAGAAAACGUUUGAACACCCAAAAUAUCUCAAGAACCAGGUUAAGAUGGAGAUUGCGCAGGCUCAGAAAGCCAUGCCGGGAAUGUCUCUCUUAACAGCCGCAUGCAUGCUGGCCGAAGUGCGAGGGUACUCCAAGCUCUACGACAGCGCGGAUGAGGCGCCUUUCCCGUUGUACAACCUCCUUCAGUUUCCCUUCUUCGUCCUCUUCACCGACUUUUGCAUCUACUGGAUCCACCGCGGUCUGCAUCACAGGUCCGUCUACAAGACUCUGCACAAACCACAUCACAAGUGGAUCAUGCCGACACCCUUCGCCUCUCACGCCUUCCACCCGCUCGACGGCUUCGCCCAGUCUAUCCCGUACCAUCUUUUCCCGUUCCUGUUCCCUCUCCAGAAGUUCGCCUACAUCUUCCUUUUCGCCUUCAUCAACUUCUGGACCAUCUUCAUCCACGACGGAGAGUACUAUGCAAACUCGCCCGUCAUCAACGGGGCUGCCUGCCAUUCGCUGCAUCAUUGGUACUACAAGUGCAACUACGGUCAAUUCACGACCCUGUGGGACCGACUAGGUGGUAGCUAUCGCAAGCCUGGCGACGAGCUCUUCAACAAGGACUCCAAGACGGAAAAGGGAGUCUGGGCCAAGCAAAGCAAGGAGAUGGAAAAGGUGGUCAUGGAGGAAGAAGGCGAGGAUGACCGGACAUACCUUGCCGACAAGACCACGCCAGCAGCGACCAAGAAGGUUCAGUAAAGGUCGUACACCAAUGAAUUAGACACGCCUCUGGGCCAUGGCAGUCUCAUGCUGCUUCCCGUGACGCGACCAGGCUGUAUAUCACUGGCCUUGGGACACCAGGGCGACUCUUCAUCGCAUUUACCGGAGCGAAAAUCUAGAUAUAAUUUGGAGUUGGGUUUGUGUGGACUAUUAGUCGCAAGACAGGAGUUGUUCUUCGGGGAGAGGGACAGGAGUCAGGAACCCAGGGUGGCCUUUAGCGUUGCCAAUUUCAUGAGAAGCAUCGGAUUUGACACCUUGAGUUGACCCUCACAAGAUGCCGUAGUCUCGAUUCUCGGGGAGGGAAGGAAGAGAUUGAACAAUUCGUCCCAGUCCCGAUCACCUGUCAGCGCGACUGUGACAGUUGAGACCGAUGCACUUCGACCAUUCUGACUUAAUUAGAAACGUUGCUUGAUCAGCUUGCAGAGAAAGCGCGCCAACGGUUCCUCAGAAGCAUGUCUGCUGCUCAUUACAUAUAAGCCCGCACCUUGGUCCUCGUCCCCUGUGAGCGAAACUCCAAUGCCACCUCAAAACCUUGAAUUGAACGCCUUUCUUGCACCAUCGCACCGCUCGAAAAGCCAAAGAAAGAAACCGGAAAAUAGAACAGAUAGCUGCGGUGCCUUCACUCAAUCGUUAGGGCACCUCGAGGUUCGCCCCCAACGCACCCCACGGUCACGCAGGCACCAGGCAACCAACCUACACUGCGCUGCAUGGUAUACCCCAUAGUAAUCAAGUUGAGGCACACACAGACACGAGAGCCAGAUGAGAUUCUAGAAGCACUGCAUUCUGCAAACCAAAAUAUCAUGCUCAUGAGAACGACACAAACUUCGGAUCGCGCGGCACGCCGUCCUCCCCGAUCCCGUUCUUCUUGAACCUCUGCUCCAUAUACACGCGGCGGGCCUCGUCGAAAUUGAUCUUGCGCAACUUCAUCAACCGCUGAAUAUCGCGCUUUGCUUUCUGAUCCAGGCCACUGCGCGAGUCGCCUUCCAUGACAUUGCCGGACAGGUCGAAGUCGGCCGAGGUGAAGCCCGAUUCCACGUCGCCCAUGAACGUGCUGGGGAGUCGGCGGUAGCUGAAGUCGAGGGUUUCUUGGACCCGAUCAGGGAGGUAUGGGAUCCAACGCGAGCGGGUUAGAUAGAGGGCUGGUUCGGAAAGCAAGUUGGUUAGUUCAGUUUAGCAUGGCAUUGAUGAUAACCGCGCGGGGACAGGAGGCUUUACUGUACCUGUACCAAGGACGAUGGAGAUGAAGAACGCGGAGUAAAGUAGAUAGCCCAUGGUCGAGACUGGGUGUUGUCCUGAACUUGGGAAAUUGCACUGCUGGAACCCGUUAAGGGAGUAAUAAAGGUCCUACGAAGAUGCGGAGGGUUCGGGAUGGACGUUCGCGAUGAGAUGGCGAGGGUUGGACCUCGGUCGUGUACCUCGUAUUCGUCUUGGAUAAAUUUCAUAGAAGUUUGGGAUAUUGGAUGCCCAUUGUAUGGCGUA